GCCCAGGUCUCAGAUCUGUACGCAGCCCUUCCUGCACCUGCGCUACGAGCACACGGACUGCGCCCUCAUGUGCUCGGCCAAGGGGCACCCGGCCACGUCCGAUUCCUGCCGGGCCGGGGACUUCCGUGCCGCCUUCUGCAGCAGGUACCUGAAGGAGUUUGGCUUCACCAUCCCUGGGCGCCCUGUGGUGGUGGAUGACGUGCGUGUGCGAGGCAUUGGCAGCACCGGGACUGGCCAGGAUGAGCCAGUCGCGGCCAGUGGCAGACCCGCCCGUGUGGAGACGGUGACCCGCUGCUAUUUCGCUGAUGGCUACCUGGACACCUGCGUGUACCUGCUGGAGGAUCUGUCCUGGGACCACUCCAUCCCUGGCCCCAGCAUCAUCAUCGAUAAGAACAGCACCAUCCUCAUCGAGCCGGGCUGCACGGCCUCCAUCACCCGCCAUGGGGACAUCAGCAUUGCCGUGGGCUCCGAGAAGCAGGGCCCCAUCAGCACCCAGCUCGACACCAUCCAACUCUCCAUCUUCUCCCACCGCUUCAUGGGCAUUGCAGAGCAGAUGGGCCGGAGCCUGCAGAGAAUGGCCAUCUCCACCAACAUCAAGGAGCGGCUGGACUUCUCGUGUGCCCUCUUCGGGCCGGACGGGGGGCUGGUGUCCAACGCUCCCCACAUCCCCGUGCACCUGGGUGCCAUGCAGGAGGCCGUCCAGUUCCAGAUCCGGAACCUCGGGGCUGACCUGAACGAGGGCGAUGUGAUCCUCAGCAACCACCCAUGUGCGGGGGGCAGCCACCUCCCAGACCUGACUGUCAUCACACCUGUGUUCUGGCCAGGGGUGCCAAGGCCCGUGUUCUUCGUCGCCAGCCGUGGGCACCACGCGGACAUCGGCGGCAUCACGCCCGGCUCCAUGCCCCCACACUCCAAGGCACUGCAGGAGGAAGGCGCUGUCUUCGUCUCCUUUAAGUUGGUGAAGGACGGAGUCUUCCAGGAGGAGGCUGUGACCGAGGCCCUGAUGGCUCCCGGCCGCAUCCCAGGCAGCAGCGGCACCCGCAAACUCCAGGACAACCUGUCGGACCUACAGGCGCAGGUGGCGGCCAAUCAGAAGGGGAUCCAGCUGGUGAGCGAGCUGAUUGGCCUGUACGGGCUGGAGGUGGUGCAGGCCUACAUGGCACACAUCCAGGCCAACGCGGAGGUGGUGGUGCGGGACAUGCUGAAGGACUUCGCCGCUCGCUUGGGGGGAGCGACGCGCCCCAUGGCAGUGCAGGCGCAGGACCACAUGGACGACGGCUCCCCCAUCCGGCUGAAGGUGGAGGUGGACCCACAGGAGGGCAGCGCAGUGUUUGAUUUCUCCGGCUCUGGCCCCGAGGUGCAUGGGAACUGCAACGCGCCCCGCGCCAUCACCCUCUCGGCACUGAUCUACUGCCUGCGCUGCAUGGUGGGCCAGGACAUCCCACUCAACCAGGGCUGCCUGGCCCCGGUGCAGGUUCUCAUUCCCAAGGGCUCCAUCCUGGACCCGUCCCCGGAGGCUGCCGUGGUGGGAGGCAACGUGCUGACCUCGCAGAGGGUGGUGGACGUGAUCUUCAGGGCCUUCGGGACCUGCGCUGCCUCCCAG